AUGAAUUUCAAAGCGUACUUCAUUUGGGGAUGCGGCUUGUUAUUUUUCCUGUUCGUGAACUUACGACUGGACGAGAAGGUUCUAUGGUCGUGGUUCGUCGUCUUCGUUCCCAUGUGGAACAUGGACGCCAUCAUCAUUUUUCUGCCGCUCUUCUUUUUCAUCAAACAACGAAGGAGAUGGAAGUCACAUGACCUCUUAAAAUUUGCAUUCUACAUUGUAAUGGUCCUACUAAAAGUCACAGCCCAACUCUUAAUAUGCUUAAGGUUGGAGGGUUACAAAAUCCGAUCAUACUACGUCAUGGCACCCGUCUGGGUCUGCCUCUCUGCCCUCUCGUUCGACCUUGCCACUUUCCUAAGAGCCCACUGGAAGAUGAUGGCUGCUGCUGCAGAAAAUUUGGCUUGUCCUGCACUGUUAACACGUUCAUAG